GUACCACCCCAAUGACAGCUUUUGUAGGCCCUAUACCUUUUUUUUUUCUGAGAAUGUUCAUUCCAGGUGGCUCAUGUUGUUAUGAAAUAAAAAUAAAAUACAGCUAAAAAAAGAAUCUGUGCAAAUUGCCUCUGGAAUACUAAAGAAGUGAAGUUCAAGACAAGUUAACAUUUGCAAGUAGACACUGUCACAAUUAGUAAUGAAUCCAUUCUUUUAUAUAGGAUAUGCAAUGCUAAUGAGGUAUAAUUCUAAAGAAAUAUGACCUUGCAUUGCAGUCCCAUUGUCUAUAAAAAGUGCUGUAUCUACAUUCAGAUGAUACCCACAGUAAUGAAUCUGGAAGUGGAAUCCAGCGUCCAUACAUCACACCAGGUGUGCCAAUAUUACAAUCCAUCCAGACAGCCUUCUCUUUUGAAUGCGUUCCCAUUUAUCCCACUUUGGCAUGCAACAUCUGCAAUGUUGAAAGUGUAACACCCUAAAAGUGAGGAAACCAGGAGAAGAAUCAUUCAAGAAAAGAAUAAAAACAUUAUUAAAGUUAUAACGUCUCAUUCCAGGCUAUAAUUGAGAGUCACGAGGCAGAACGAGGCAGAAUAAAGAGUCGUAAAGCCUUAAUUUUGUAAUAUUGUGGCAAUUACUGAGAAAAGCUAUGAUGGAAACAGCAAUCUGAUUGUCUUAGAUGAUGGAUGGGCUUAUUUCAGAGUGAUCUAGAUUGUGGUAAACCUAUGAUUAAAACCUAAAGCGUGUAAAGAGACUUUUUUUUUUUUAACAAAAGACCAAUAUGAACAGCCCACCUCUGGUAUGACUUUCUUUGAUGAAUAAUAAUGUGCUCCUGAUUUUUUUUCAGUCAUUCAUUCAUGUGAUUCUUUAUAAGAUUUUUCUGAGGACAAUGUUAUAGCUCCAAACAUAAAUCUAUGGUUUGCAUGCACAGAAAACCACUGCUCCUGUAAUGCAUUCGAGAAAACACAAUAACCCAUUCAGGGAAACAUCCUCUGUAUCUUACGCAGCAGAAAGCAGCCAGGAUAGAUUGUCUCUGCAAUUGUAAUUAAUCCUAAGGGAAACAUUUGGGGGGUGCUGUACUUCCAAUUAUCACACUUAAUUUAGCCUAGGGAAUCUAAUUUGGGAAAUCUAUUUACAGAGAUGUACAGAAUCCCACACUCUCCACAAAGGGAAAUCCAGCACCUCCAAUGAAAAAGUGACUUUGAAAGAGUCAUGAAAGCACAGCCAACUGUUAUUAGCUCCUGACAAAGUACCAGUCAUUCAUGCAUUUUCAAUAUAAAGUUCAUGCUGAAUAGAGCUGCAGUGAAUUAGCUUGAGGCAUUUUUAAACAGGGUCUUCCAAUAAAAGCAACUAGGGCUUUCAAAAUGGUAAUACCUCAACAUUUCUACAUUAUUUUGGUUUUAAAAAUAUCUACCCUAACUGGGGAGGUGGUAUUGUGAAUCGAGAAUGUAUUACCUGUCAUGUAAUACAGCAUAUUGUUAUUUAUUUUAAAAUGGCACAGAGCUGUCAGUCUUUUUUCUCUUUAUAUUGUGCUAUUUUAGAGUCGUAAAAGCAUGUUUAGUUUGUGCUAAGCUUUAUUUUUCUCUUGUGUUUGUAUCCUGGACAACUAUGACAGAUGCGCCUUCAAGGAAAACUACAUAAAAUGUUCCUUCAUGGAAACACAGCAUAUUCUGUUGUAUUAUACUCUAUGCUGCUCUAUUGCAUCAUGCUGCAGGAAAUACAAUACACAGAAGCAAAUGCGAUUGUAGACUUAUAACAGAAUAACACUGAAAUUGUUGAAAUCAUACAGUGAUUAACAUACAUCAAACUAAAAUGGUAAUACAAUUCCCAAACACAAAUUCUUAAUCUCUUUGUUUGGGAGAGCUCCCAGAUAGCAUGUGGUAAUCGUGCUGAAAUCUGCGGCACUUGAGGCUCACACUCUAUACUGGCAUGCAUUAUCAGAGCCGAGUGCAGCUCACAAAUGGCUGCAUCAUGUUUUUAAGUAAUGCACUGGGCAGGAUUAGGUUCAGAGUAGCUGGGCCAAAUCUACGGAGACCCUAAAGGGACAUGGUGGUGGGGAAAAAAAUAUGAGAUUGGAGGAAAUAUUAUAUUUAAAUGCUUUUGCGUUCUCUUACAAAUGUUUGCGUUCCCCUAAGAAACUGUGCUUAAAGUUUUUUGGGGGAACGCAAUAGUUUUUGCGAGGGAACGCAUACGUUUUGCGGGUUAACACAAAGUUUCUUAGGGGAACGCAAAUGUUUUGUGAGUCAACGCAGUUUCUUGGGGGAAGGCAAAAGUUUUAAAAUAUGUUUUUCCUCUUAAGGGGCUCUGUACAAAUCUGAAAUUUGGGCCCUGCCCCAAAUUUAACCCUAAGCCCUCGCAAACUUCCUCCGAGUCCACACUUUUGCCGCUUUGAUUGUCAGGUAGAAGUCUGCAGCAGAGCUCGCGGGCUUGGCAAAAGUGCACAUCAAGGGCACAUAUCGCCAUAAAGGGGGCGCUCGCUAGCACCCUUCUGAAACGUAAAAUGACAAAUGGGACACUCUAUGGACUUGUGGACUUAACAGGCACACGUACGCGGUGGCCAUUGUAAGCAGUGUUGCCAAGUCUACAGUUUUCCCCGCGGAAUUGGGAACUUUAACACUGUUGCCGCGGGUUGUAGCACCCCAAAAUAACAUAAUAUUUAGCCCCUGAAAUGUGAAUUUUACCAGGGGAACCCCGACAAAAACGUGGAUUUUACCCCCUGGAACAUGAUUUUUACUGGGGACCCCCCCUGAAAUGCGAUUGGGCUAGUUUUAAGUAGCAAUUGGGCGGGUUUUGUUGUGAAAACCUGACAACCCUGAUCGUAAGUCCACAAGUCUGCAAGUGCACAUUAAGUGUGGCAUUUAGGACAGGGCCUUGGUCCAAGUUGUAAAUUGUGUCAACACAAUGAAGAAUACCAAUGAAGAUUUUUUUUCUACUGCAGUAGUUUUGAUUUAUACUUGCCUUUUCAAUUCUUUCAAAGGUCUCAACACAUUUUUUAAAUGAAUUUUAUACAGUGGUUAUUGGCGUGGGAGGAAAAAAAAAAACGGAAAUAAAAAAAAAUUAAGAUUAAGAUUAGUUAAUAAGUAAAAUUGCAUGGCUUUAUCACUAAUAAAUACAUAAAUACAUAUCAGCUAUAAAUUAUAUUGGAGAUAUCAAUUACAUACAGAGUCAUGUUUGAGUUCUGGUCCAAAGUUCAACUACAACUUGCCCAAAGUUUAUUCCUUCUCAGUUAAUGUUUACACACCAGCAAACCUGCUCUUCCACUUUCUCUCCACUCUACUGCAUCUGGUAAAACAAAAGCAUUUUCCCUCUGUCUAUGAAAUAUCUCUGAAAAUGGAGAAUGGAUAUUAGUCUACUAGCAAUUUUGCUGUAAACAGUGCCUGAAGGAUUGCUUGUUAAUUCUGCUGGGAGAAGGUGAGACAUUCUAUUCCUCAUUAUCAUAUUUUUCAUAGUAAGAGAUUUCAAAGAGCUUUGUAUGGUGGCUUCAUUUCAAAAGCUCAACACAAACUGUUAAAGAGGUAUGUUUUAUGUACAUUGCCAUAUUCUCUGGUAUGCUUUUCAUUUCUGGUAAUCGCAUAAUAAAUCGACAUUGUAUGCCAUAGCGGAAUUAAAUGAAAGAAAUGCAUAGCUUCAUAGUAUUUAUUUCAGAAAUUCAGCUAAUGAAGAGAGCAAUAAAUUAGUGUUCAGGCACAUCAAUGUUUGCGUAUUUGAGGGGGAAAAUCGCAAUGUAAUUGCUCUGUAUUUUGGUUUUAUUUUCAGGAAGAAACAACAUUUUGUGUUUUCUAAAAACAGGACCAAUGGCAAUCGAAAAGGGUUUCUUCUCCUGUGACGGUGGGUCUGUAUUCAGAAUGUCACAACAGGAUCAACAUGGUGCUCAAGAACAUUGAGGUGCAUAUGAAUCAAGAGGCAAAAAGAAGAGAAGAGAAGUACGCUAAGGAACCAAAGCCUCGCUCAAUAACACCAUCUGUUUCUGACCUGCUCUCUCUGAUCUUUCGGCUCCUCUUCUAUCGGCCUGUGUGGACGGAGCAGAACCAGAACAUGAAAAACAUUCGGUAUCUGUUCGUGAGGUUCAGUGCGUGGCAUUUUGCAGGAAGUGACCUGCUCUGGGCUGCACUGGUAAUGCAGCUGUGCAAGGCUCUUCAGAACAGCUUUGGUAAGCUCCAGCUGGGCCUUUUCCGGAUCGCCCAACACGACGAAGAGAAAGAUGCAGGGAAGAAGAAGAUUGAGGAUAUUCCAAAGAACUGGAGGUCCAAAAAGUUGGCCUGCAUCCCCAUUUGGGCACUAAUACUGAUGGGAUUCAUUGCUUCACUCCUUAUUCUGGUUCCUCUCAUCAUACUUGGUUUUCCUAAUCUGAAGGACCACGAAGAAGGAGAAAAAGUUGAGUCAUCAAGUGAGUAUGGUGUGCUGGAAGGUUUUGCCAUCGCUGUACUUGGUGUUCCUGCAGUUGGAGCACUACGAUUCAUAUUAUUAUUGUUGAAGAACCUCAUCUUCAACCAGGACCUUACAAUUAGACAAAGGCUGGACAACAAGAAGGUAAGUCAGCAGCUGGGACUAAUGCAUGAAGUUCGUAAGGAAAUGAGACUGCUGUGCUGCUUCAUUUACUUCAUGGAGAUCUUUGAAAGGAGGAGGAUCAGGGUGGUGUUGGAGAUCACCAACUUGGAUCGAUGCACACCGAAGAAAAUUGUAGGUGUUUUGGAUGCCAUCAACAUUCUUCUAUCUGAUGAAGAGAGUCCCUUCAUUUCUGUGCUGGCUGUUGAUCCAGAAGUCCUGGUUAGGCAAGUCCAACAGGCAGAAGACUGUCUAAACAAAAGAGACUCUGCAUAUGACUUUCUAGAUCGUAUAAUCACACUGCCCUUCACCGUACCUCCAUUAUCUGAUACAUCAAAGUCCAGCGUCUUUGAAAACAUUGUCCGUGGUCAGUCUGAGAACCCUGAAGACAUUCCUGUUAAAGAGACUACAGCAUCUGCUUUAAAAGGACACGGGACAUCGAUCUCUUUUGAAGAUGAGUGUUCUGCAAAGUCCAGUGAGACUAAAGAAGAUCAAGUCAUCCCUUUGAUUUCAAAAAAGGGAAACUUUGAAACCUUUGCUGUAGCAGAACUUAAUCUAAAUGAAGUGGAUAGGUUAAUUGAGUCUGCAUUUUCUUGCAUCUUCUCAAGAGAUAAAAGCAAACUUCAGUCAUAUAUAUCUGGUGACACCAUGUCAAUGAGACGAGUGAUUAACUCAAUUCGAGUAACUAUUAUGAUUAUGGAGACCCAGAAAUUGGAGCCUCCCCCUCCAGAGAAAAUAGCAGCGUGGGUGGUUUUGGUGGACCGCUGGCCUUGCAGAUUAAGUUGGAUUAUUCAAUGUGUUGAAGAUGACCAACAGAGUGACGAGAUAGAUGGAUCAUUCUGUGCUGCUGAUAAUACCAAGACACUAUGGGAAGUGUUCAAUUACAAUAGUCUGGAGCUCUGCAUCAUUGGAUAUGAGGUGGAGAACUUUCUGGAAAGCGAUGGAGACCCUGAGCUGUUUGAGAUUUUCCUUAGGAAAGACUUCAAGUUCACUGUAGGGGAGAUGGAAAUGUUUAAGCUUUGCACAGUGAACUUAAAUUACUCUAUGAAGAAUGAGCUGGCCAGAGUUCGUGGGAGCCGCAGACUGAACAAAGCAGGGAGAAAUGCUUUCCAGUCCCUAUCAUCACGAACUGUGAUGAACAUGAAAACUGAAGAUAUUUGUCAAGAGUUGACAAAACUAAGCUUCCCAGAGAAAUACCUUGAAACGGUAAGGAACAAUUUCAUAGAUGGCAGAACGAUCCUCUUUGGUGAUCCCAAAGACCUUAGGCAAGUCCUGCAAAUGACUCUGGGAGAAUGGACGACUUUUAAAAUUCAUUUCCUAGGUGUCAUGCCUCCUAGUCAGCCAUCUCUGGCAAAAACUCGUCAAGACGCCACCAACCCUGGAGUGGUCAUAUGCUCAUCUGGCCAUGGCAAGUAAGCAGUACAGCUGACCUUGAGGUUUGCAUCACUGCAUUUUUCCUCCAGUGUAUGCAUUCAGUCGACUAAGAUUGUUUCAGGAAACAAUACUGUAUACAAAUUCCUUACGGUGAAGCAAAAAUAAGACUGUAAAUGUACACCAGUGAAUCAGACUACUCAACAAAUGAUGAUACUUAAAAAUAGAGCUUUGUUAUGCAGAAAACUCUUUCAGUAUUCAAACAGAUCAAAUUUGUAAGAUGCAUUAUUUAUAACAGGAAUAAGAAGUUUUAUUUUGCCUAACUAUUAAGAUUUUGCUAAAUUAAGCUAUUCCUGAAUGUAAUUUCUGUAUGAAUAUAAAAUAAAAAAACAAAGGGAAACAGUAUUUUACAAACUCAUUUUCUCCAAAAACAUGAAAAAAGGCUCAGCUAGUCUGUACUUAUUCCCACACAUCCAUACCUGAGACACACCAGGCCCAAUAAUAACACCAUUCAUCAGGUUAAUACUGUCUGACCAGCAAUACGAUCUGUGAAGGAAAAAGAAAUAUAAUCACACAAGGCUUUGGACUUUAUAGCUCCAAAGUUUGUGUUUGGUAAAUUAUUAGGUUUCUGUGCAACAAAACUAAAAAAAAAAAUUGCAAAACUAUUGACUUUUUCAAGCUGGUUUCCUGAACACUACACCAGUCUGCCAUUGGUUAAACAAACUCAUGCUAUUGGUUGAGCCAAUGUUACUGCAAAUAGUUUUCUCUGCAUAUUACUUUUUUUUUUUUUUAGAAUGAAAAAAAAUAUAUAUUAAGAGGAGACAUUAAAGGGUUAGUUCACCCAAAACUAAAAUUUCUGUCAUUAAUUACUCACCCUCAUAACCCGUAAGACCUUCGUUCAUCUUCAG